AUGGUAGAACGCCGUAAAGGUGACAAAAAGCACCCAGAGCUUGUUAUCUGUGAUGAUCUUUAUGGCGAAGGGCGCCUCUGUGUUCAUGAAAGGAAGGACCCCGUAGUAAAGGGGCAUGUGAUCCCCCUGGUCAGGGCUGUGACCGAGUACCUUUGCAAUCACAAGAGCUUCGGACCGUUGUGGGACAACAUGAGGCACCAUGCUUUUCGUUCUGGAGACGAACUCACCCUUUUGAUUCGAUGUAUGGAGCGCCCCUUGCAAAAAGGUGCACCAACCAUGUACCUCUAA